GCAGAGAGCGAGACAACGGAAGACAAAGUAACGCAGGGAAGUAGCGACAGGACAUGAGCGGGACUGCUUUACACACGACGGAUCGGUACUCAUUACAUGUGGUAGGGAGACUGGACGGACCAUUAGUGUUAGUGAUCAUAGAACCCCAGCUCCAUACCAGACUGUGCAUAGUUGAGGAGGCAGAGUGUGUCCGCCGCGCGCUGCGUGAGGCUAGGGGAACAGGACUUUGGAUUGGAAUAAAAGGAGGACUGAGGAUAAAAUACGUACUUCAAGUGACACCUUUCGAAGGGCGGUCUCGGAUAAGGGCAUGGUUCGAGACGACCAGAGAGGUUAAGAGGUUGAAGAUAAGCGAAGCCAGGAAAGCUGGAGAGUUAGGGAGAGUUGUAACAAAUGGUGUAAUACUCAGGGUGUUAGCCGCUCAUGACCGGUACUGGAAGAAAUCGAUAAAGACUUUAGAGGCGAUAGAGGAUGGUGGAGAUAAGGAGGACUUUGAAACAUUUUAUCACAUAUUGGAGCGGUCGGCGAUGAGGGGCUAUGGUAUCACAGAAUAUCUGGAGAAGUGGGAGCUUCACGCUAGCCGAAGUCAGUGGUCGGAGGAAGAGAUUAUAGAGAACUUCCUAUUUAAUGUGGACCCAAGUCUCGGUAGGGAAGUUAAGGAAGCUCGACCGAAGGAUGGAAAAUGGACUACGUACAAGAAGAACCUCGUUGAGCUUUACAAAUUGGAGGAUAAUAAGUCUUUCAUCAAGGACCUUGAAACAAUGACUCAAGAUGAAGAUGAGAGCGUACGGGCAUUUGGGAUGCGUUUUCAGAAGAUCUCCGACGUGCUAAUGAAGAAGGGGAAGAUCUCAGAGGUCGAGCGCUGUACUAUCUUCAUCGGACACUUGUYCAAAGGUAGGCAAAAGAGUAUACUUAGAGAUCUUCCACGCGACAGGCUUGAUUUCCGAGAAGUCCUAAAGCUCGCGAUAAAGGCAGAGGCAGACGAUUACAAGGACUUGGUGUGGAGAGGGAUGAGGAGACGUGACUUCUCUCUCUACAAGGAGUAUGUCACUGAUAGAUGUCGUGAUUUCAAGGACUAUCCCUGGUCGGAGAAGAAUGAGGCCGUGGCUGAGGAAGUGAAGGAGAUACGGGACAUGGUGAAGGGAUUGACGACAAAGGUAAUAGAGAUUAUGACCACUACAGGGGUCACGGCCUACCGAGACAAGCCUGGAGGGCUCUAUUCACUUCGCUGGGACCGUAGGAACAACGAUUCCUGGAGGAGUGUAGAGGAUAGAAAUCCUCGGACGCUGACUGAUUAUCGUACGAGGGGAAGAGAAAGAGACGAUGAGCCAUGGCGACGUAGGGACGAUGAGAUAGACCGAGACCGCAGAGAUCGCGAGCCGUUUGUGCGAGCAAGGAGGCUGGAUGAUUACCCGCGAAGCCCUCUCUAUGAGGCCGAUCGGGGUAGAGGCGACUCCCGCGGCCGAUGGGAGACAGAUCAAGGCCGACGAGAUGGAUAUAGGGACGACAUAUACGAGAGAUCGGACCGAGAUGGAUAUAGGGACGACAGAUACGAGAGAUCGGACCGAGACGGGUAUAGGGACGACAUAUACGAGAGGUCGGGUCGAGAUGGCUAUAGAGGUGGAGACCGCCGCAACGAUUCGCGCGGUCGGAAUGAGAGAGGGGGAUAUGGCGUCUCAUCCGAACCAUAUCCCAAGUCGCCUGACCCCAAGGCAGCCAGGAGUUCGAUCUCGAGAAGCGCAGACGACAGGCCAUCUACUCCCAGGAACUCAUGCGUCUACUGUAGAGGAGAAGAUCAUAUCAAGAGGGAUUGCCCGGACCUCAAACGGGCAAUAGAUGAGGGACUUGUCGUGCUUGACGACCGCAAGUACAUCAAGUGGGCAGAUGGUCUGGGAGAUGUAUCGACGUUCCCUUCGAUGAAGGAGAAUGUCGAAGCAAGGAGAGUAAAGCCGAGUAAAGAAAAGGAUCCGGUCAGGACCCAGAGCAUCAAGAUAACCUUCGAGGGGGAUAUGGCGACUACACCCAUAAGGGUGGCAGCCACCAAGUCGGCGAAAGGGUCUACAUCGAAGAAGGCUGACACGGAUUACGUGAUGACGGAGAAGGACGGGCAGCAGGUCAAUGGAGAGGAGGUUAUCCUUUCGCCGCGAAAGAGGGGAGUGAAGAAGUUCUUAAUGAAGAGUUCGCUGGACGAGAUUGACACGGUCGAGCCACUGAGGCGGGCCCUUCGGCAACCCAUGCAGUGCUCUAUUCUCGAGUACCUGGCGGCAUCGAAGCCGGCUCGUGAUGAGUUACAGAUGAUCACGCGGAAGACUCGCAUACCUCUAUCGGAGGAGGGUCAGGGGGCCCCUAAGGCGGAAGCUCCUACAGAAGCAGUAACGGGGGUGACUGCCAGAGCGGAUCGCAUGGCGACAGUCCUUCUCGAUGGAAUGGAAGGUGUGCCUCCAGACAAGUUUUAUAUACUUGGUAGCGGGGCCGUGGAGACGAUUAUAAACGAUGGAGCGGUACUAGAUGCUGUGAUCGAUAACGGCAAUGAAGCUGUCAUCAUAGACGAGGACCUGGCAGUACAGGUUGGACUGGGCCUCGAUAGGCCGUGCCUAUUCGAGAUAGAGACGGCUGAUGGGAGAAAGCAACAGAUCACUGGGGUUUGUCACAAGGCAGCCAUAGAGGUCCAAGGGGUAUGAGUGACCCUGCCUGUCUUUGCAGUCAAAAACUGCAACUCCGACCUGCUCUUGGGUUAAACGUGGCUGAGCCACGUGCAUGCGGUAACGA